AGACCCCAAGACAGACCCGAACCCACGGCAUUCAACGGCAGAAGCACCUGCGCAUAACGUCGGCCCUCUGUCAUCAAACCCAGACCCAACCCCAAACUGACAUGCUUCCUCUUCACCAUGGAAUGCGUACGGCCGCAGGACAUUUUCUGUUCCUUUGCAAUGGGCCAUGUAGAUUUCACAUUUGCUUCGAGAUACCCCAAUUGACCCUGCCCAAGCCCUAGUACUCAUAUACGUGAAGAUGCGUUCCAUCAAACCUCGUCAUAUCCCCCGCCGUCUGUUCAAUUCCAGUGCCGCCGCAUCCUCGGCCCCCGUAACACCCAUAACCUCCCUCCUGAUAGCCAACCGCGGCGAGAUCGCCCUGCGCAUAAACAAAACUGCCAAACGCCUCGGCAUCCAGACCACCACCCUCUACACGGACCCUGAUGCCUCCUCCCAGCACGCCGCCUGCUCCCCCAAUGCCAUCGGUCUGGGCGCCGCGAAUGCUUACCUCGACGGCGAGCGUAUCGUGAGAUUGGCCAAGCAGCAUGGCAUACAAGCCCUCCAUCCGGGCUAUGGCUUCCUGUCCGAGAACGCCGCCUUUGCCGCGCGGUGCGAGCAGGAAGGCAUUGUGUUCGUGGGCCCCCCUGCCAAGGCCAUGGAGGAGAUGGGCAACAAGGCCAGGAGCAAGGAGAUCAUGACCAAGGCCGGUGUGCCUUGUGUCCCGGGCUAUCACGGCAGUGACCAGGGCGAAGCGCAGCUGUUGAACCAUGCCAAGGAGGUCAAGUUCCCAGUCUUGCUCAAGAGUGUCAAAGGUGGCGGUGGAAAGGGCAUGCGCAUUGUCCUGGAGGAGAGCGAGUUCUUACAGCAGCUCAAGAGCGCCAGGGCGGAAGCCAGGGCAAGUUUCGGAGAGGGCGGCGAGGUCAUGUUGGUCGAGAAGUACAUCGUCCGCCCGAGGCACGUCGAGGUGCAGGUUUUCGCCGAUAAGCUGGGCAACUGCGUCGCCUUGGGCGAACGUGACUGCAGUGUGCAGAGGCGGCACCAGAAGAUUCUCGAGGAGUCGCCAGCGCCGAAUCUGGAUCAUGUCACUAGACUCGAUCUAUGGGACAAGGCCAAGACCGCUGCGUUGGCGGUCGGCUACGUGGGCGCCGGUACCGUCGAGUUCAUCCUCGACAAGGAUACCGGCGAGUUCUACUUCAUGGAGAUGAACACCAGACUGCAGGUUGAGCACCCCGUGAGCGAAAUGGUCACAGGCACGGAUCUAGUUGAGUGGCAAUUCAGAGUCGCCGCUGGCGAGAAGCUGCCGUUGACACAAGACGAGAUCACCGAGAGGAUCAAGCAGCGCGGCGCAGCGAUCGAGGCCAGAAUUUACGCAGAAAGCCCAGAGAAGGGCUUCCUUCCUGACUCCGGCAAGCUUGUCCACCUCACCACACCAAAAACGGACGACGAUGUCAGGAUAGACGCAGGCUUCGUUGAAGGCGAUACCGUGACAGAAGCCUAUGAUGGCAUGAUCGCAAAACUCAUUGUGCGCGGUGACGACCGAGAAACGGCUAUCAGGAGGAUGGAGCGCGCCCUGCGUGAAUACGAGGUCGUGGGCCUUAGCACCAACAUUGAAUUCCUAAAGCAGCUAUGUAACUCGCCCGCUUUUGUCGACGGUGAUGUCGAGACUGGGUUCAUCAAGAAGUGGGAAUCGGAACUUUUUGCGCCGAAAAUCGCACAGCCCGAAGUCUUUGUCCAGGCCGCUUUGGGCCUGUUCGCAUCUUCUCUGCAGUCGGGAGCAGAGCUUCAUGGCAGUUCUCUAGGUUUCGGACAGGCUGCUUCGGAGAGAACGUUCACGUUCAAGAAUCUAGAUGUGCUGGACCAGAAAGAAGGUGAAGUGGUUCAGGUUGCCAUCACCCAGAAAGGUAACCAGCUAUAUGAUGCACGCGUCAUCAGGAAAGGGGAGGAGCCAGCAGUGUUCGAGAGCCUUGUCUCAGCGCCUACUCCCCAGUCACAAAAGGUGAACCUGACGACAUUCUUCCCUGAUGCGAGAGUGGAAACAACCGUUGUACAGGACCCCAAUAACGACAACAAAAUUUCGAUAUUCCAGCACGGUAUCAAGACAGAGUUGUCCCUCGUGUCUCCCGUCUGGUAUGAAAAGGCAUUGGGCAUCAAGGAGAUCAUGGCGUCCGUAGUGGCGCCUAUGCCUUGCAAGGUGCUCAAGAACGAGGUUUCCGAGGGUGAUAUUGUUGUAAAGGGGGCUCCCUUGGUCGUUAUCGAGUCGAUGAAAAUGGAGACCGUGAUCCGCUCGCCGCAAGAUGGUGUCAUCAAGAAGCUGGCUCACAAAGAAGGCGACAAGUGUAAAGCUGGUACGGUUCUCGUAGUAUUCGAGGAGGAAGGAGGCUCCGCAUAAUCCCGGUGUAGUCCAAGUCGAGAUGAGGGCGUUCGGAGUUUUGUUUUCGAGAUCUUUCGCUCGAUAAUUCAAAACAUCUGAAAUAUAGGGAUUAUGAAUUCUUACAAAACCAUUGCCGAGCGAUUAGAAACGACACUCACAAUGCAUCAUCAAUAAACAAUUGGACAUGAACAAUAAAUUAAAACAGCAUCAUAGACAGAUACUUGAACCAAACAGUCAUCAAUUCAGUAUGGCCCUGGACCUGUAUGUUACCAACGACUUAUUGUUGGUUAGUACUACCAGGAAUAAUGCGAAUAUGUCGAGACGGCAACUUUUUCAUAUGUCCUGUUUCUAUUUGCACAUAGUUUGUUUUGGAUGAAUCGUUGACAUGGCCCAUUGUUUUGCAC